AUGACAACCAAGGAAAUCAACGUUGACGUGCUCGUCAUUGGGGCUGGCCCAACUGGCCUGGGAGCAGCCAAACGUCUUCAACAUCUGAACAGUGUCGACUGGCUCAUCGUUGACUCUAACGAAACACCUGGUGGCCUUGCAUCGACUGACACGACACCCGAAGGCUUCCUCUUCGAUGUUGGCGGUCACGUCAUCUUCUCCCACUACAAGUACUUCGACGAUGUUAUCAACGAGGCUCUUCCAAAGCCAGACGAUUGGUACGAGCAUCAGCGCAUCUCGUAUGUCCGUUAUCAAGGUCUUUGGGUUCCAUAUCCUUUCCAGAAUAACAUCGCAGUUCUGCCCAAGGAAGAACAAGCCCGCUGCCUCGGCGAUCUCAUCGACGCAGCCAUUCAAGCUCGUGUGCGUUCCUCAUCUGAUAAACCAGCCAACUUUGACGAGUGGAACAUUCGCAACGUUGGUGAGAGGCUGAAUGAGAUUUUCAUGCGUCCUUAUAACUUCAAAGUCUGGGCCAUCCCUACAAUUAAGAUGAACUCUACUUGGGUUGGAGAGCGUGUUGCCGCACCUAACGUUAAGCUUGUGACCACCAACGCUAUUCUUGGUAAGGCGGCUGGUGGAUGGGGCCCUAAUGCUACAUUCCGCUUCCCUGCUCGUGGAGGAACGGGAGGGAUCUGGACUGCUGUUGCGGAUACUCUUGAUAAAAGCAAGACUCGGUUUGGUGAACACGGUGCUGUUAUCAAAGUCGACGCUGAUGCCAAGACUGUCUAUCUGAAAGAUGGAACAACUAUCAAGUAUGGUGCGCUCAUCUCCACCAUGGCAAUCGAUCAACUCGCCGAGUCAAUGGGCGACGUCAAACUUCAACAGUCGCUCAAGCCCCUGUAUUACUCCUCCACCAAUGUUAUCGGCGUUGGAAUUCGUGGAAAACGGCCCGAUCGUAUUGGCGACAAGUGCUGGCUGUAUUUCCCCGAAGACAAUGCCCCAUUCUACCGAGCUACCAUCUUCUCCAACUACUCACCCUACAAUCAACCCAGUGAAGAUGUCAAACUCGCCACGAAGCAACUUGCCAAUGGUGACAGGCCUGCUUCUUCAGAACCAGCCUCUGGUCCAUACUGGUCAAUCAUGCUUGAAGUCUCAGAAUCUUCGUACAAGCCCGUUGACCAGGCUACUUUGCUCAAAGAGAGUAUUCAAGGUCUGAUCAACACCGACUUACUCAAGCCUGAGGAUGAAAUCGUUAGCACGUAUGUCCGUCGCUUCGAUCAUGGAUAUCCAACACCCACUCUUGAGCGAGACGAUGCUCUCUCUGAAGCUUUGCCUUAUCUAUAUGACAAGGAUAUCCUAUCUCGAGGCCGUUUUGGAGCCUGGAAGUAUGAGGUCGGCAACCAAGACCAUAGUUUCAUGCAAGGUGUAGAGGCUGUUGACAAUAUUAUAUCUGGCGGUCUGGAAUUGACGCUGUCGAACCCCGAUUUUGUCAACUCUCGGAAGAAUACUGAACGUCGUCUGGCUGGUAUCAAGGGUGCUCGGAAGUAG